CAAUAGCACACACCCAAAAUCCCGCGCCGACGACGGAAGGCCGGGGUGGGAAAUCCUGUUGACGAUCCCCGGCUUUUCAUCCGAUUGCGGAGAGCACAACUAACACAAGCUAGCUCGGCAUCGUAGAACUCUUUGCUGUAACCCAUUCAUUACCGCCGGGCCAAUGCAAGCCUCACCCAUCACUAUGUAAGAUUACAUUGUCCCUCAUUCUUUACGAUCAUGAUUACUUUUUCUCACCGCUGCGACCACACACACUCCUGAACGGCGACCAGAAUUAAAAUUGCUGCCCCCUUGUUAGUUAGUUGCUUAGGUUUUUUUUUUUUUUUAUUUUUUUGUUUUUAACUUUCUUGGUAACUUGGGGAUCCGACAAAAUAACAGAAUCAUGCUGGUCCUUCGCGAAUCGGACAUCUUCCCCAUACUCAAGGGCUUGACGCGUGACCAAUGUCAACAUCUGCUCCAGGCGCUCUGGAAGGCCCUCGCCAGUUACUCAGGCCAUCGUAACGGCGCCAACGGACAGAAACUUAUCCAUCAACCAAUCCGAGAGCAGAUUGUGACCUCAAGGAACCACGCAACACUCUUCAUGCCAGCAUCCGAUACCAACACGACCACAGGUAUCAAGAUCGUAACUCUGCCGGGCCAUGGCGGCCCGCCCAAAGGUGCCAUCAACAUAUGCUCUCCAGAGGGUGACCUCGAGGGAUUAUUAAACGCUGAGCUAAUCACGGCAUUCCGGACCGCGUUGGCCAGCAUGAUCCCGUUUCAGAGAUUCCAACUCCGAGAGGGCGCAAAUAUCCUGGUAUUCGGGGCCGGAAAGCAGGCAGAAUGGCACAUUCGGCUUGCUCUCUUACUCGCUGGAGAGAAGAUCACUAAGAUAACAGUCGUGAACAGAGGCGCCAGAGGCGCUGAGAGAUUAAAGAGCGAUUUGGAUGCAGAUGUUCGCGGGAUAUUCCCAGGGAUGAUGAUAAGUUACAUAGGGAGGGAUUCGUCGACGUUCGCGGCAGAGAUUCUCGGCACAUUGGUAUCUGAGGCUGAUGCCAUCUUCUGCUGCACUCCGUCGACCGAGCCGCUAUUUUCCAGCUCAUAUCUCGGAGAGAAGCCCAGGUUUAUCUCUCUUAUCGGCUCCUACAAGCCACACAUGCAAGAAAUUGAUUCUACAACCCUACUCUCUGGACGUAGUACGAUUAUCGUUGAUUCAAAGGAAGCGUGCCUGCACGAGGCGGGCGAGCUUAUCAAGGCUCAGGUAUCUGAAAGCCAGCUAGUAGAGAUUGGCGAGUUGUUUGAGAAUCCGCAUGCGGCUUCGAGGCUGUUCGAUUCAGGCAGCAAUGUGGUCUUUAAGUGCGUUGGAAUGGGCAUUAUGGAUCUCGUGAUUGGCAGGGAGCUUCUCGCCCUUGCGAAGGAGAGACAAGUUGGCAUUACAAUCGACGAUUUUUAAACAAGGGCACGAUCGUCGAGAGUUUCGGGCAGCAGCGUGCCUAUUUUUGGCAGGCCAGGCGAUCGCCAGACGAUCGCGCCUUGCUGCUCGACGAGACGCCGAUGGGUUCGACUAGGACACUUGGGGAUUAUCAUUGAACGCCUUGAACUCUACCUGCUUGCGGGGUUGCCCCCGUUUUUCAUCAUCCUUGGAUUCCUUCUGUGGAUGACGGCGGGACCAAAGGGGGUGCUUCCGCUGCCAACUUGUCAAACAGAUGGCAAUGUUGUCGGUGUGCGGGGGGAAAGAGUGCUGUCAGCUUACUAGCGAAGGUUCUGUGUCGAUAAAUUCUAUACAUAUACAAGGACGCCACUGAACAGAAUUCUGUUGUCAUGAGAUAGCCGAUUUGCCACCAA